UUAGAAAAUCCAGGGUUAACAAAGCUCGCUGAUAGACAGCUCAAUGACACGGGUUACCUUUCCCCGCUUCCGGUUUCUUCGAGUAUAAUUGAUAAUGGGACGCGCGAUGUAACUAACUGUGGCAUCGAUUAAGCUCGGCUUUAUUCCGUUUCGCGACCGAGGGUUACGAUUUGAUUACUAAAUCUAGCAUUGAAACAUCUCGGAUAACUGCGCGCACCCGCUUCUCCACGAAGGGAAGAUCAGUCGCACGCCGAAACCCGGAUCCAAAUCCAUGAACGCUGACGGAGUAGAUUUUCAGAUAAUGAGGAAACAGGAGAGGGCGCAUUUUUUCAGCUCCAAAGAGCAGGAGCUCAUUUUGAAAUUGUAUGAAGAAGAGAGAGAGAUCCUAACAGCUAAAUCCAACACCACCAGUGCCUCCAAGCUCAGAGAGGAAGCCUGGCAGAGAAUUGCUGAUAAAAUAAAUGCGGUCUCGGACAGUGGCUACAAAAGGACAUGGCAGCAAGUGAAAGUCAAACACAAGAACAUAGUGCAAACAGCAAAAAGGAAAAGGGUUGCAAUGAUGAGGAACGAGGGAGGUUCAGCAACCCCGUCACUGAACUCCGGCGAGGACGACGGGCUGCAUCACAAAGACAACGGGCUGAGAGUGGAGGUUCUCCCUGGAGGUGCCUGUAUUGACACGGCGACUGUGUCUGAUAGCUCUUUCAUGAGCGUGUCGGGCCACCCUGUCCUCCUCCUGCCUGUAACAAAGACUGAACCAGAGAGCCUUAGCAGCGACGAGACAGACAUUAGUGACACUCAGUUUGAGGGGGAUGUGCACACUAGCGGCUUGCAGGAGGGUGCCAACUCAGCAGGUGCUACAACUGGUGGCAGAAGUGGAGAGAAGCAGACAGAAGACCUCAGGUCUCUUUACUGCUCCUACCUAAAGAAGGAGAUCGAGAACCGGGACCAAGAGAUGGCAUACAGAGCGCUUAAAAUGAGGAAGCUGGAGAAAGAAAUCUUAUUACUUGAUAAGCAGCUGAUGUGAUUGUGAGAAAAAAAAAUAUUUUUAUCCUUUUAUGUAAAAAAACAACAACAAUUAGUUAAGGCCAGGAAAUGAAUAAAUUCCUCCAGUCCUAUUUAUUAGCUGGCCUGACAUGUUGCCUUUUACCACGGCACACUCGACAGAGGGGUGUGUAGGUUGUAGUUAUAACUGCAGCUGUAGGCAGCAGUAACUCUCACUGGCCGGUCAAGGUUGUAAUGAUAUGUGUCGGUACCUUUUUCUUCCCUGCUUUUCUUUUUGCAGUAUUGCAUCACACAACUUAUGCAACAGUGCUCACACUACUAUACACCGAUACUCGGACUAUGAGAGCAUUUGAACCGCACUGAUGGAAGGCAGCAUCUCUAUGACAGGGUUUAGAGUAGCAUAUAAGUGGAGCCCCUGAGAGCAGCAAGCACUUAUAGCACCAUGUUCACUGUAUUCCACCACAGUGGAUUUGAAUGAAUGAAUGAAUGCAACAACAUGGAUUUAAUGGCUUUAGUUUUAGAAGAGAGUUUAGUAACAGAUUUUUUAUUUUUAUUUUUUAAAGAGUUAUUUCUGCAAUUUUUCUAAAUUGACAAAUGAUCCGAAUCUUGUGCUUAGAUUUUUUGUUUUUAAACUGUGUGCAGGCUGAGGUCUUUGAAUAAUUAAGGACUUUGGAGAGAAGUUGUGUGUGUUGCUGUCUGGAAACUACAGUGUUCAGAGGAUGGACUACAAAAAGCACUUUGCCCCCGUGUUCUCACCGUAUUUACCGUUUACUAUUUUUGUUUGUUUAUAACCCUAAUUUACCAAGACUUUGAAUUUAAAAAAGAAUAAUGCUUACCAUUUAGAAUGAUUGCACUAUGAAAUGCCACUCACCCUGUUGUCCACUCACGAUCAUCUUUGCUGUAGUAUUUAGAGAAUUUCACCAGCUCUUGUUAUGGCUGCCAUGCAGAUACAUCCUAGUCACUUUGCUUAGUUUGGAAACCUUCUAAUGUUGUCUGUAACCAGUAACUUCCUGGCCUGUUUUCAUGCCAAGGUUUUUUUUUUUUGUUGUUUUUUGCUUGUAUGAUUUGGACACACUGGGCCAACACCUCAGUCACUUUGUUGAAAUACCUGGAAAAUGGGUGUGACAGCUCUGGUAAUGUGAAGUCACAAGCAUCUGCAGUUGAUUUCAGCCAGCAGCACACAGACCUCUCUGUUCUCUGUGUUAGAAAUGGUGCUAACUGUUGUGUUAUGGCUGGAGGUCUGUCUGAUUUUUAAACAUAUGAACUUCAGAGUUUGCUCGCUCUCCAAACAGCUCUGACUCUGUCAUUUCUCUCCAAAGAAUGAUCUAAAAAUCAUGAUGUUAA